GGCCUGAUUGGCACUUUGAACCCGGGCUUGAUGAGCUAAUUGGAGAGCAGGGUGGUGAUGGACCAGCUCUGGCUUUAUGUUCUGAUUCUCCAGUGAAGCUCCCAGUUUAAACCAGUGUAGAUGUGAGCAGGAGCUUGGGGGACACCACCUCUUCCACUGGCUCAUCCCCACAGUGCACUCCUCCACCCUCCACCCCCACAACCACCACCAACAGCACCGACCACCAACCAGCACCUCCACCCACCACCAGCUCCACCAGCACCUCCACCAGUUCUCCACCUCCAUUCACCUGUUGCCCCCGGGGCUUCGCUCGCUGUGGAUCCGGCACCUCCACCACCUUCACCCGGGCACUGAGCUCUCGGCGCUCCGCCACCAGCCGCAGGAGAACCUCCAGGCGCACUUAGUGGAGCUUCAGCGAGGACUAGCUGAAGUUUUUCCUGCAGUUUCUUCACUAAAAGCGACACCAUGAGCGUUAAAUCCGACUCUGAGCAGAACAACAACACCAUCUCUCUGGAUGAGGAGGUACGAACGCUGUUCGUCAGCGGUCUGCCCACAGAUAUUAAACCUCGGGAGCUGUACCUGCUCUUCAGACCCUUUAAGGGUUAUGAAGGUUCACUGAUUAAGUUAACAUCAAAGCAGCCGGUCGGCUUCGUGACCUUUGACUGUCGGUCUGGCGCUGAAGCGGCGAAAAAUGCAUUAAACGGGGUUCGCUUUGACCCUGAGAACCCGCAGACCCUCCGGUUAGAGUUUGCUAAAGCCAACACGAAGAUGGCAAAGAGUAAGCUGAUGGGCACUCCGAACCCCACAAAUAUCCACCCAGCUCUAGGAGCACACUUCAUAGCACGGGACCCAUAUGACCUGACGGGAGCAGCACUGAUCCCAGCGUCUCCAGAGGCCUGGUCACCGUACCCCCUCUACACUGCAGAACUGAGCCCAGGUCUGCCCCACGCCGCCUUUACCUACCCAGCAGCUGCAGCCGCCGCCGCUGCCCUCCACGCCCAGAUGCGUUGGUAUCCAUCAUCUUCUGAGUCGUCCCAACCUGGAUGGAAAUCAAGGCAGUUCUGUUAAAGAAGAUAUAUGAAAGGUGGCGUUUGCUUCGAAUGGCAUGAACCCACCGACCGCAGCUCGUACUUUAAUCCCGUCCAGCUCGUGUUUGAGUUUCGGAGCGACGCGGCUGUAUCCUGUAUCAACGCACUACUGGAACCAGUUUAAGGAUGAUGCUGAAAGAAGCUGAUGAGAUCUUUACCAGCUGUAUGCAUGCAGAACUAUGGGGGGUUGAGAUGGUACAGCCAUGGUAGCACUUGCAUUAGUAUUAAGUUAGCAAUUGCGUUUUUUUUUUUUUUGUUUGUUUUUUUUGUUUUGUUUUUUUUGGUGAAAAAGACAUCAAAAAUAUUUAAUUUGGAGUUGUGAGGCUACUUUUUUUUUUUUUUUUUUUUUCUCCCCCCCAUUUAGAUUCAGUGAGUUUACAGGGUCUGAACCAGUCAUGCAUGUGUUUCUUUUUCUUUUCUUUACUUUUUUUUAUUUAUUUUUUUGGCAUGAACUAGAAAAAAAGUAUAUUUAAUAGGUUCUGUGCACCCUUCGCUGUAAUAUAUAUAUAUAUAUAUAUAUCACACACAUACAUGCGCAUCAUUAUUUGUGUUUAAUAGCUUUGGUAGGACUUGUGUUUGAUGGGUAUUGGUGGAAGACUUUUUGGUUUUUGAGGUUUUGGGAUGAUCCAGACACUUUUUGCAAGCUUUGACAAUUUCUUAAUAUAAUAUUUCUCAAGUCAGCAUUAAUAAUAAUAAAAAUAAUAAUUUGGAGCAUGAGCUAUGGUUGGUGAUAAGGUGCCAUCCUUAUAUUAUAAAUGUGUUCCUGUGUGACGGCUUGGCGUUGCCGAGGCACGAGACGAUCCAUGUGUAGUGUAAAGUAGGCCAUAUGGGGAGAAGUGUUUGUGCAAUUAAAUAAAUAAUCUGUAUUAAUUAUUAAGUUAUUAACUUUCUCUACUUUUUUUGGUUAAUAUACAACAUUGUUUUGAUUCCCUCUCCUUCAGGACAGUUGAUGAACUGUAAUUUUCUUUUGUUAGCUUUGUGUCGUAGCGACGCGAGCCUAACCUGCUUUGUGGACGGCAGAUCCGACUGUUAGCGGUUUAUUAUAAGCUGAAAAAUGUGCUGUAAACGAUGCAUGAAGGGGUUUUAAUGUGGAUUAUAGUAACGGUUAAUUCUGACCUUUAGAAAUUUAUUUGUGAAGUGUGUUGUAAAAAAAAAAGUUAUUGUAUGAUGCAGUAUUAAAACAUGUUAAUGCAUUA